GGACGUGUUACCUGUUCGACAUGUUAUUGCUUCGGCUCAAGGAAAAAUUUGCUCGCAGACGCAAACCACUUAAGCAAAGACUAGAGCAGAGAAGAAAGCUGAUUGGACUUCUCAGACAUUACAUACCCUCAAUAAGCAUAUUACUAUAUUUUGUAGGCGUCAUAUGGCUUCUAUUACUUCCUUACAAUGGAUACAACAAGGAAACAUAUGUGUCGGAAAAUGCUCUGCUGCCCGCGCAAGUGAACGUUUACUACAGCCAGAACGAUGUUAAUAUCGCCAAUGAAUUUAGAGAUCGAAUAUUAGAAGUAGUAGAUAAGAGCAGAGAAAGUCGAGCUGAAUUUAUAUUCAAGGAACUGCGACAGGCUGGUUUCCACGCAGCAAUUCAACAUUAUACAACAAAAGACGAAUCCUUCAAUGAAGCUGAGGGUGUAAAUGCUUUUGGAAUCUACCAUGCUCCUAGAAGCGACGGCACGGAAGCAUUAUUAUUAAGUGCUCCUUGGGUGUCUAGAACUGGUGAAUAUAAUGUGAAUGGCAUAGCCUCAGUAUUAUCACUUGCCAAGCUGUUCAAGCGAAACACAUACUGGUCCAAAGACAUCAUCAUCCUGAUUACUGACGAAAGUGUCAGAGGAAUGCAAGCAUGGCUGAAUGCCUAUCACGGAGUGGAUUUUGGCAGUAAUUACUCUUCUGAUAUCAUGCCUCGGUCUGGAGCUAUUCAAGCUGCUAUUAACAUGGAUUUUCCUGGAACUCGGGAGUAUGAAUCGCUGGCAAUCUAUUUCGAGGGAGCAAACGGCCAGUUGCCUAACCUUGAUCUUAUCAAUACGGUGAUAACAGUAGCCAAAUACACAGCCCAGGUGCCUUUUACUCUCCAUGAUAAUGAUGCCAUCAACCGUCCGCAAACUCCCGUAGAGUCAUAUCUGGCAUCCCUCAAGCAUCUCACUGAUACCAUUCGAUUCCAAGCUUUGGGCCAUCCAUCCAGUGAUGCUGGUCUUGCUUUGAGAUACAAAAUUGAUGCUAUCACUAUUCAUGGAAUUACUGCUACAGGCAUGCAUCAACCAUUUGACUUUCACCGCAUGGGAAUCCUUGUGGAGUCAACAUUCAGAAGUCUGAACAACUUACUUGAACAUCUACAUCAGUCGUUUUUCUUUUACUUUUUAACCAAUGCAGAGCGAUAUGUGUCUAUUGGCAUGUACAUGCCUCCAGUGAUUCUAUUUGCUUGCUGCCUGGUUCUUCAAUCUUUAGUUCUGUGGUACAGUCCUGCACGCGAUGAUAACCUAAAGCAGGAGACUGGCGCUAGUCUUGCAUACUCCACCAGCAAAAAAAACCUUGGAGCAUGCUUUUCAGUACUGGUCACUACACACGCGGCAGGCCUGUUGAUAUUUUACAUUGUGCGACCAGCUUUUGACUUUGGCGGUGCCAUUGUGGCCCCAAAUACGGAGCAGGUGACCAUAGUCAAAUUAUCGGUAUCGUGUGGUAUUGCAGCUACAGCCAUCCUUAUGGCAGUUUCACUGAUCUCAUCCAAGCAAUCAGAAGUACAAGUUAUGGAGAACUGGAGAGUGCUCAAGUCACUAUGUCUCGCAUUAACGGCACUGAUUGUUGCCUCGAUAUCACUCAUCAACUUUAGUUUAGGAGCAGUCAUGGGACUUAUUGUUGUGAUACCUUAUAGCUUGAUUCAGCCCACUGCCAAAAUGCCUCUCAGACUCCUGCAGGCCGUCAUGCUUACUGUCCUUAGCCCGGUAGUGACUUUAUAUUUGGUUGCUACUUUGUCUAGAUCGCAUGUGGUCAACGCUGUGACUGUUCUCUUAACCGAUUAUGAGGUAGUGGAUGUAUGGCUUCUGGCUUUCAUGUGUACUGCGUAUUGGCCAGUCAACAUGGCGUUGUAUACUGUAAUCUUUGCGUAGUCUUUCCAAAAUCAUAUCAUAAAAAGAAGUAAACAAUUAUUUUCUCGAACAUCCA